AUGUCGCCCGCAGUCAAAUCCCCACCAGUAAAAAAGAAAGUAGAACUCAGCUUCACGAACUGGGUCCUAGGAGGCUCACUCAUCAAUGUGUCGUCGCCUCAAAUCAAACGUGGUCGAAAGGUGAUUAUUACUGAUUCCAAGAGCUCCAAGAUCGUGGCGAAGAAAGAUGGGGAGGUGACUGCUGAAAAGGAGGCAGCGAAGAAGGAUGAGAAAAAGGAGGGUGAGGGUAAAGAAAAGGAGGGUGAGAAGAAAGACGAGAAGAAAGACGAGAAGAAAGAUGAGACGAAAGACGAGAAGAAGGAUGAGAAGAAAGACGAAAAGGCUGAAGAGAAGAAAGAUGAUAAAGGGGAUGGGGCAACCCCUACACCCAAGCCAUCAACUCCAGAAAAGUCCGCCGUCACUCACAAAUUCACCGCCGAGCAAGAAGCCAAAAUCAUGUCCAUGAAAAACGCAAACCACAGCUGGAAAGAGAUCGUCGCCGAGAUAGGAGCCCCUCGAAAAGACAUCGUCGCCAGAUACAAAGAACUCUCCGAUCCGACAUCCCAUCCUAAGAAGUCAGAUCCACCAACGCCUCCCAAGAAACAUGAACCACGGGUUAUAGAGCUCCAUAAUGAUGAUGAUGGGUUCGGCGGUUUUGGACUCCUGGGAGAUUGGGGAAAUGACACUGUUUCUGUAAAGGUGACGGAGACGAGGAAGGUUCAUGGGGGGAAAGGAAGUGAGAAUGGGUCGAAGAAGAGCACUUCGAAGCCGAAAGCUUCUCCAACAUCAUCCAAGAAAAAGGAUGAGAGUAAGAAAGAGGAGGAAGUUUGCGAUUGUAAAGAAUGCGCAACAAAACGCGAAAAGGAAGCCAAGAAGAACAAAAAGGCUGACAAGGACGACCUGUGCGAAUGUACAGAAUGCACGAACAAGCGGGAAAAAGAAGCCAAAAAAGACAAAAAGGAGAAAGAAGAGGAACCCUGCUUUUGUACAGAAUGCACCACAAAACGCGCCCACGAACCCAAAAAGAAACCAGAAUCCAUCUGCUCCUGCGACGAAUGCACCGCACCACCAAAACCCACAGCAGAAGCCCCCUGCGAUUGUCCAGACUGCACGCCAAAACCCCAACACGUAUCCUUCUCCGACGAAGUGAAAGUGAAGUAUCCGCACCAUCCCUCUUCUCCUCCCCCAGAAGUUGAGGAGGAGGUGUAUAAGGGGCGGUUGCGGCCGAAUCAGGCGUGGACGAGGGAAGAUUGCGAGAUCCUGGAGGAGCUGGAGAAGCGGUAUAAGGAGAAUAAGUGGUUGCAAGUACAGGCUGGGUUUUUUAAUUGGACGGGGAGGAUGGUGGAUGGGGAGGUUAUUAGGGGGAAGUUUGUUAUGGAUGGGGCGAUUUAA